CGAUGAAGCUGCUCAAUCUCAGCCUGGGGCUACUGGCCUCUAUUGGCGCACGACUUUGCGCUGCUGAGGCUGACAAUUCCACCUACUACAACCCCGUCCUUCCUGGUUGGCACUCUGACCCAUCUUGUACGCGCGUGGACGACACCUUUUACUGUGUCACCUCAACCUUCAUCUCUUUCCCCGGCCUUCCGAUAUACGCGUCCAAAGAUCUCAUCAACUGGCGGCUCAUCAGCCAUGCCUGGAAUCGCGAGGCUCAACUGCCGGGCGUGAGCUGGGAUACCGAUGAGCAGCAGCAGGGCAUGUACGCGGCCACCAUCCGGCAUCACGACGGGGAGUUCUUUGUUAUCUGCGAAUACCUCGGCGUCCCUGGCGGCAUCAUUGGCGUGGUCUUCCGCACGACAGACCCUUUCAGCGAUGAGACCUGGAGCGAUCCUGUCAGAUUCGCUACGGAUCGCAUCGACCCCGACCUCUUUUGGGACGAUGACGGCAAGGUCUACGUCGCUACUCAGGGUAUUCUUCUCCAGGAGUUUGAUCUUGAGACAGGAGAGCUCAGCCAGCCUCCGGUGUCUAUUUGGAAUGGAACCGGCGGUGUCUGGCCUGAAGGUCCACACAUUUACAAACGAGACGGAUGGUACUAUGUGAUGAUUGCUGAGGGCGGUACUGCGACGGACCACGCCAUCACCAUCGCUCGCGCCAAGGACAUUUGGGGUCCAUAUGAGGCUUACGAGAACAACCCUAUCCUGACGAACCGUGGCACCGAUGAAUACUUCCAGACCGUCGGCCACGGUGACCUCUUCACAGACACUGAUGGCAACUGGUGGGGCCUCUCCCUCGCGACACGGUCCGGUCCAGAGUACAAGUACUACCCCAUGGGUCGUGAAGCUGUGCUCUUCCCGGCCACUUGGCAGGAGGGCGAAUGGCCCGUCCUCCAGCCUGUCCGUGGGGAGAUGUCCGGAUGGCCUCUUCCUGAAGAGACGCGCGACGUUCCAGGAGACGGGCCUUUCAAUGAUGACCCGGACGCCUACGACUUCAACGCUGACUCUGCUAUCCCCAAGCACUUUGUCUACUGGCGCGUGCCGCGCGAGGGAAGCUUCAGCACCACGGAUGCCGGUUUGGAGAUUGUUCCCAGCCGCAACAAUCUGACCGGUAUUCCCUUUAGCACGACCCAGAUCGAGCUGUCGGGCCAGCGUGGACUGUCCUUCAUCGGAAGACGUCAAACACACACCCUAUUCCACUUCAGCGUUGACGUCUCAUUCUCACCCAAGGAGGUCGGUCAAGAAGCCGGUGUCACAGUCUUCCUCACGCAGGUCAACCACAUUGACAUUGGUCUUGUGCUCCUCGACUCCGGGCUCUCUCUCCGGUUCCGUGCCACUGGUACCGGUGAGGCACCCGAGCCAAAGAUCGUGCCCGUACCUGAAGACUGGACAGACGCGCCAGUCAGACUGCACAUCUAUGCCGAGGAUCCCGAGAUCUAUCGCCUUGCUGCCUCCCAGGGGUGCAAGAAACCCAUCACCAUUGGGACUGCGUCCUCCGCCUUGGUCAGCGGUGGCAAUGGCUCGUUUGUUGGAAGUCUUCUCGGUGCGUAUGCUACCUGCAAUGGAGCGGGCAGUGGUGUGGAGUGUCUUGACGGAGGCGUACCGACCUUCCAACGAUGGAGAUAUAGGCCCAUCGCCCAAUUCAUCGCUGAGGACGAGGCUGUGCCAGCGUCGGAUGAUUGAAGUAGAGUCGGGACUUGUUUUGCCAGAAAUGUCGGAAAGCAUCAGGUCCACUCACUCUUGUUGUCUUGCCUGUGAAUAUAGCGCUCGUGGCAUAUCAUUACAAGUCGUGACUGAUGUAUCGUGGAUUGCUUG